AUGACUCUCAGCCAGCUUUCAAGCAUCAAUUGUGAUCCCCUUGACAUUGAAGGCUACUUCAAUGCAUGUGCCGCCUUCCGCCUGAGCGGUGUGGCCCAGCCAUUCUGGCGCGAUUGGCCACUUGCAGAUCCGCAUCUGUUUUUGACUCCAGAAUCCCUGCAUCACUGGCACCGUGAGUUCUAUGAUCACGAUGUUAAGUGGUGUCUCGCAGCUGUUGGUGAGCAGGAACUAGACUUUCGCUUCUCCGUUUUACAACCACUCACGACGUUCCGACGCUUCCAUUGCGGUAUUUCAAAGCUUAAACAAGUCACUGGAAGAGCCCAGCGUGACAUGCAAUGUUAUAUUGUUGCUCUCAUUGCAGAUGCAGCCCCCCAUGGCAUUGUCAUAGCUAUUCGCGCGCUGAUGGAUUUUCGCUACUUAUCACAGGCGACAACGAUCAAUCAAGAACAUUGUCAAAAGAUUCUUGGCGCCCUCGUGGAAUUCCACAAACACAAGCAAGAUAUAAUUGCUUGCGGCACGCGUCGAGGUGCCAAGAGCAAACAGGUCCUCGACAACUGGCAUAUACCCAAACUGGAGUUGAUGCAGAGUGUCGUGCCCAGUAUACGUCAAGUCGGUUCUCUCUUGCAGUGGUCUGCCGACACCACCGAGCAUGCUCACAUCACCCUUAUCAAGGAUCCUGCAGAUUCCACCAACAACAUCAAUUAUGAUGCUCAAAUAUGCCGGUUUCUUGAUCGCCAAGAAAAGUGUUGA